CCACCUCUCUCUCCCUCACCCUCUCCCUCCACAGCCCCCGGAGCCGAACACACCACCCAGCCAGACCCUCUCCACAUCUCCAUGGGCGCCCUGAGAAUUCCCAGCACCACCGGCGGCGAGAAGGCCAAGAAUUUGGUAGAGAGCGUGGACACGGAGGCGGCGUGCGCGCUGCUGGCCUCGGGCCAGUACGGCUACAUCGACGUGCGGAUGUGGGAGGACUUCGACGCGGGCCACGUCGCCGGCGCGCGCAACGUGCCCUACUACCUCUCCGUCGCACCUCGCGGCAGGCCGGAACGGAACCCGCACUUCGUGGAGCAGGUCGCCGCGCUCCACGGCAAGGGGGACCGCCUCCUCGUCGGCUGCCGGCAGGGAGUCCGCUCCAGCCUCGCCGCCGCCGACCUCAUGAACGCCGGGUUCAAGAACGUGAAGAACCUGCAAGGUGGCUACCUCUCUCUGCUCAAAAGUGCGAAUCCGCAGCCAACAGCUUAUUACAAUCAGUAACAUUGUAACAACCAGACAUCAGGAGUAAGUACGUCAUGUUAGGCAGAUCCAUCGUCAGCCUCAACAGGAGGAACGGGAAAUUCGAAGAAAAGAAACGAAGAGUAACCGUUCUGAGUUCAAGUAUUGAUUUAUCUUUGAGAAUAUAUAUGUCUUGCGAUAAAAAAUUGUAUGCGAGUACAGCUGAUUUGUUACCAGUUUGGUUGAGUGAUUCUAAAAGAAAAGAGAGAAAUAUAGCAUUUUGGUUGAA